AUGGCAAAACAGAAAGGCAUUGCCUUUUUGGGCUUUCUAGCAGCUGACGGCAUCGCCAUUAUCCUAUUUAUUGCGUCAUUUACAUUGUCAUGUUUUCGUUUCAAUGGUUCGAAUGCCAAGUUACUGAAGAAAACAAACAUUUGGUUAGAUGUGCUUUCGUGGUUUCUGUAUUCAGCCACUGUGAUGAUUAAGUCGAUUAUAAUAUUUAGUGAUUUCAAGGAGGAAAACCUCAUUUUUGGGCCAAAUUCCGUAAAAACUGCUUUUGCUGUUGUAGGAGUAGUGUUUGUGCUUCAUCUUUCCACUCUUCAUGACGCAAAGCCUGAUUCGGCGAGGAAGGCAUACAUCAAAUCACUAUCGUUAAGUGUUAUUUAUGAUAUCCUGGACUGUGUCGACAGUUUGGAACCACUCUUUAUUAAGGAGGAUCGUGAAGAUUUAUCACCAGGUCUCAUUAAAACCAUAGUGACUGUAGCCUCCUUAAAUUUUGUUCUACCAACCAUACCUCUUGUUACUUUGUCGCUAACCCAAUUCGGACAAGCCAAGUUACCCAGACGUUUGAUUUUGUUGCAUAAAAUUAUCCUUGCAUACAUCAUCAAUCUUCCACUCUUGGUCAUUAGACUGUUUUUAUGGCAUGAAUUCGACCAAGGCAUCUCGGUUUUUUCUUUAAAGAAUUUGAUUGUGAUCGUGGCAAUGUCAUACAAAUUUUACAAACAUUAUGAAAAGAAAAAACUGAAAGAUCAAGACGUCGAGGGCAAAGCAGAAAUUUAA